AUUAGCAGUAAAUUUGUCUGCUUUGAAGAAUUUUGCGCAAAACGUAGCCAACGAAUGUCUUAUAUCCUUCAACCACGCAUACAACGUUGAUCGAUUUUUUCGUCCUAUGCCGUUUGGGCAAUGUCUCAGAAGCUUCUUCUACGGAUCAGCAUUGCAGAUCCAUUUUGUUUCGCUCCCACACAAACCAGUAUUACUUUGUAUUUGCUAUAUUUCCACCAUAGUCCUAGCGUUUGACUGACAUGCAACGAAGGCUGCCACCCAUACUGUGCAGUAUUGUUUGUUUCGGAACCUAUUUCGGAACAUCAGGCAAUGCCACUUCCCGACGUUUCCGUGCACGCUGGGCUGGAUCUGCUGGCUUCCCAACGAAGUUCACCCCACGUCACAACAACGGUUUGGGCUUUAUUUAUUACUGUUAGAUAUUUUGGUUGUUGGUCGUGUUGGCACCUUCACGCCAUCAAAGAAGCACAGCGCACUAGCCCCAUUCGCUCGACUCUGACCCAUUGACUCCGAACGGUGGUGCACGUACCACCUACCUCCCUUUUUUAUAUGUCGUGCCGUGCAAUUUUUACUAUGUUUUAUGACAAAUCGAUUAUCAAGUGUUUGUUUCCAUGACUCUCCGUCACCCUUUUGGCGAGUGUUUAUGUGUGUAUGUGUGAGGUUUAUGCGAAGGUGAUGGGUUUCACGCGAUAGGCGGUGAAGUGCCGGUACUCGGUUUACUCGGCAUUUGGGGGUUCGCUCGUCUGCUACACGGUUAUUUCGGUCACAUUCCACUUUCAGACGUGGAGCUUCAAAGUUUUAGUUCCUAAAGAAAAAGUUACCCCAUUUACGAGCGGGUCACACUGCUCUUGUUACACAGCGCACAGUUCCUUUUAAAUCCUUUCAAAUCACAGUUUUACUACUGUGUGUGCUGUGCCUACAACUCUACAAUCAAGCAUGAGCAACGCCAAAACGGCACUGGGAAUAUUGGGCGGCGAAGAUGAGCUGCUCCAAAGCUUUGUACGCGUGGGUCUGAGAACGGACGGUGACGAUGACCAGCAGCAGCAGCAGUCGAAUGUAACGUUUUCGGGCGGUGCAAGCGGUGGAGGUAGCGGUGGUGGUAGUGGUGGUGGUGCUGGUGGAAGUGGUAGUGGAAGUGGGGCUGGUGCGGGAGGAAGUGGUGGAGGUGGGUCUCAGACGACCACCAUCCAGCAUCAGGCCAGCCAGGGCAAGCUGGAUACGCAUCUGAUACGCCAGUUUUCUGACCACUGUUCUGAUAUGAGUGAUAAAAAUGCACCCAGAAAGUAUCGUGACUUGUUCAACGAGCCGGUGGACGUCAAGAAGCGACGUUACUUCGACGAGGUGUACACCGAUAAAGAUCGUGCGGCUGCCGUUAGUAUAGGAAACUUUGAUAUAAAGCAAAAUCUCAUCAACAAACGACGCCAGGAGCGGAACGAGGCGUUACAAACGGAGGAAGCCGAACCGGGUGCCAUCCUGGCAUUGGGGAUGCGUGAGAUCAAGAACGGAAACUUGGACAAUGCUGUUCUGUUUAUUUCCAAGGCACUGGAGAUGAACAACAAUGAUCAGAAUGCGUUGGUUGCCAGGAGCCGCUGUUUCUUGCAGCUUGGCGAACCGGGCAAAGCUUUGCAGGAUGCGGAGACGGCUCUCGUGCUGGACAAAAACAACAUCCGUGCGAUCUACCAGAAGGCGGAAGCGCUCUACUAUCUGGGCCAGUUCGAGCACAGCUUGAUGUUUUUUCACCGUGGUUUGCGCUUGCGUCCGGAGUUGGCUAGCUUUCGGUUGGGUGUUCAAAAAACGCAGGAAGCGAUCGAGAAUACUAUCGGAAAUAAUACGAAAAACCAGCCGCAAAAGAAACCGACCAAGGUGGAAAAGCCCAAGACCGCCAAACGCAACCAGCUGUCGCGGGAAGAGCUGGAAAAGCGUGCCUCCCGCCGACUGCUGGGCGAUCUGUACAUUGACAAGGAGUAUCUGGAGAACCUGAUCAAGCACCCUGAUCUGCGCAAGGCGGACACCAACACGGAGGGUGUGUCGGAGUACGCUAAGGACGCGAUCAACUUCCUGAACAAUAGGCAGGAGUUUUGGAGACAGCAGAAACCAUGCACCAGCUUGAAUGCGAAGAAAAUUAACGGUGCAAACGGUAUGCUUCCGCGCUGGUUGUAAACCUGCCUAGCGGUUUCCCAAUAGAAACCGAACAGCACAGUAGAGGAACAAUUUAGAAGGUAGUACACGACCGGUGUGAUAAGGUAGUGAAAGAAGCAUUCCCAUUGUUCCGUCCUGUUACGUUGGAUUCUAAACGUUUUUUCAGCAAUGUUUACCUUAACGGAAUUUCAUUAGAUGUAGAAAUGGCUUUCAAACCCCUCUAUGUGAUAAAUGCUUAUAGUACAAUAAAGGUUGAUAUUAAAA